AUUGCACUGCCUUUGCCUGGGGCCAGGCUAACUAAUCUGCACAAUUUUGGUCUUGGGAGAUUUUGUUCCCUGAAUGCUUUCUGUAGAGCUUUGGAGGACAGGAAUAAUGAUGCCAGUCUCCCAAUCUCUGGCUGGAGGAGCCAAGAGCUCAGGGCCCCACUCCUCAGUGUGCCCUGAGAGAAAAGCAGUCAAUCUCUCAUAUCUCUCUGGUCUCCAACCUGUGUCCAGAGCAUUUCUAUCUCUGGCACAGGGCUCUGUUUGGAGUCUCCAAACCCAGCAGAUUCCUGCCAUCCUGUUCCUCCCAGAAGAGGAAGCUCUAGAAGGCCAUACCACAGUCUGGGGAGUCAUCAGUGGCAUCGCUGUCCAUCAAAGUCAGCUAGCUUAUCACCAGACCAUCUCAGAAGAGCAGGAGAGGCCCCUGCAGAGCAUCUAUUUGACUCAUGUUGACCCAUUAAGAGUACAGUACAAGACUCACAGCAUGGGGAUGUCUGCUGGAGAUCCCACUAAAGUGGAGACCUUGGAAAACACCAUUGGAAGAAAUAAGCAACAGGGGACUCCUGUUCUGAAGGGGUUCCUGUUGUUGGACAGGGGAUCAGAUGUUGAAAGUUUGGACAAACUCAUGAAAACCAAAAAUAUACCUGAAGCUCACCAAGAUGCAUUUAAAACUGGUUUUGCAGAGGGUUUUCUGAAAGCUCAAGCCCUAAUGCAAAAAACCAAUGAUUCUCUGAGAUGAACUCAUCUGAUUCUCUUUGUUCUGCUGCUGUUUGGCAUUUAUGGACUCUUAAAAAAUCCAUUUUUAUCUGGAAUACUUUUAGUUGGACCACCAGGGACAGGAAAGAUGCUUCUUGCUCGAGCUGUGGCUGGAAAAGCUGAUGUUCCUUUUUAUUAUUCUUCUGGAUCAGAAUUUGAUGAAAUGUUUCUUGGAGUUAUGACCUACAGUGAUACUGGGAAACCAAGUCCAGAAACUCAAUCUGCUAUUGAACAAGAAAUUAGAAUCAUUCUAAGGGACUCAUAAGAACGAGCGAAACGUAUCUUGAAGACUCAUGCAAAAGAGCGUAAGAAUCUAGCAGAAGCUUUACUAACCUAUGAGACUUUGGAUGCCAAAGAGAUCCAAAUUGUUCUUGAGGGAAAGAAAUUGGAAGUGAGAUGAGAACUCUUAAAAUGGACGCAUUGCCGGUUUUGCUGCAGGAAUAUAUAAGUAGCAUUUCCGUAGUUUCUUUUUGCGAUGCUUUUCUCCCAUUCUUGCCUUGGUAUCACUCAAGAGUGUGAAACACUUUGUCUCUCUUUUGUCACAUUUAAUCUAAUUCUGUUUAUUCUCAUGAUAACGCCUAUGGUAAAUUAUCAACCUAGCAAAUAUGUUAAGAAAAAUAAAGAACUAUUAGGACUCCAAGAAGCUUAUUUGAGAAAUGUUAAUCAGUUAUUCAGUUGAAAAUAAGUAAUGAUUUUAUGGUUGGUUCCUCUACUAGAUGUGAAUAAAAAUUGUGCCUUUU